GCAUACAUGAUGACGUAAAACAAUUUUAAUAUUUCUUGUAGUUAUUAUGUAAUCAAGCCUCGUUACAUAUUUAGGUAAAAUCUCUUCGUGAAACACAAGACAAACGCGAUACACAAACAACAAACCGAAUUGUUUAGAACGAGUUCUACGCUGUAAAAACAAAAAACAAAACCAAAAAAAAAACCCUGACAUUCAUUCAUAGGACGAACAUUUCCGCUUCCGGGUUGUCGAUUCCAUCUGCCAUAUUCCACUGAUUCUAGACACCCCGCGCUUCACAGCUGGAAAUUGGGUCUGUUUAAACGUGGUUCAUUUUUUUUUUUCCUCUCUCUCUCUCUCUCUCUCUCUCUUUCUCUCUCCAGGGGAUGGUCUUCAAUUUAGUGUCGAUAAAUUAGACUGAGAGAGAGAGAUCCUGGGGAAAGGUUGCGGAUUGUGAAACGAAACGUCAGGAAGAAAGCAGGGAGAAAAUGACGACGCGCUCGGAGAGAGAGAAGGCUCAGAAACUGAAUGAGCAGCAUCAGGCCAUCCUGUCCAAAAUGCUCCGGGAGGAUGACAACAAAUACUGCGCCGACUGCGAGGCUAAAGGACCUCGAUGGGCUUCCUGGAACCUGGGUGUGUUUAUCUGUAUCAGGUGUGCUGGAAUCCACCGGAACCUGGGAGUGCACAUAUCCCGUGUCAAAUCAGUCAACCUGGACCAAUGGACUCCCGAGCAGAUCCAGAGUGUGCAGAGCAUGGGCAACACCAAGGCCAGACAGCUGUAUGAAGCCCAUCUGCCAGAUAACUUCAGACGGCCACAAACUGACCAAGCUGUAGAGUUCUUCAUCAGGGACAAAUAUGAGAAGAAGAAGUACUAUGACAAAAACGCAGUCACUGACUCUUUUAAGUCUUCUGAUGCUGCUUUGCCCUCGGCAUCUUCUCCCUCUUCACAAGCAGCCGAGAAAAACAAACUGGAGGAGAGAGAGAAGAAGAAGGAAGAGAAGAAGAAAGAAAAGGAAACGGAUAAAGGGAACAAGCCCACAGUCUUUGACAAGAAGAGAGAGGACAUUCAGAUAGACUCCAGAGCCAGCCCUAAGAAGAGCGCUGAACCUGCCAUCGACCUUCUAGGCCUGGAUGCCCCUGCAGUCAAUGCAUCCAGCAGUGGUGCGGGAUCUGGAAGUGCAGCUCCAAUAAGUGAUGAUUUGGAUAUUUUUGGACCAAUGGUGUCCAACCCUUUGCCAUCAAGCACCAACACAAACCAGGUCAAUUCCACUAAAGCAGCUGGGAGCACACCUGCAGGCCCUGGUGUGGGAGCUACCUCGGGCACUGUGGGCACAGCAGGAGCAGCUCCUGUCCAGUCUGAUCUGGACCUGUUCAGUGAGAACAGCAGCAACAAAGCAGAGGAAUCCACCAAGAAACCUCUCUCCAAGGACUCUAUCCUCUCCCUGUAUGGGUCCAGCACUGUCCCACAACAACCUGCACCAGCUGCUAUGUUCAUUGGUACGUCUCAGAUGCCGUUUCCUGCACAGCCUCAAGCUAACUUCCAGGCCUUCCCAGCUAUGGGCGGCCCCAUGCCGCCCACCACCAUGAUGGGCGCAGUUAUGGGCCAGGGCGGGGCUAUGAUGGGCCAGAAUACUGGGAUGAUGGUUGGCAUGACUAUGCCCAAUGGCUUUAUGGGAAACGCCCCAGCGGGAGUAAUGGGGGUGGCGCCUGGCAUCAUGGGAGCGCAGGCUGGAGCAAUGCCAGCAGGCGUUGUGCCCCCACAGAACAUGUACACCAUGCAGCCUGGCCAACAGACCCAGUGGAGCGUGGGACAGAUGAACCAGCAGAUGUCUGGGCUGAACCUGAACGGUGCCCCCAUGGCCUUUGGGCAGCCUGGGACCGCUAUGGGGGGCUGGGUGGGACCUCCUUCUGGUCAGACCCUCAGUACCCAGCUCUGGAAGUGAGUGAGUGAGCGAGCAAGGGAGGGUGGAGGACAAUAAAGGGUACAGCAUCCCUCCAACCCUCCAUCUUCCCUCCCUUGACCAUCCGCCAGAGCACACGAAGAGUUUUAUCCACGUACUGCUCUUUUUUUUUCCCCCUCCCACUUCUUUCCAACCAUAACUCUUCUACUGGAGAUUGUCAGUUCAACCUCGCCACCUGUGAGUCAACCGAGCGAUCGAGAGUGUGAAGAGUUGAAGAGACUGGCAGCUUUGUCCGUCUUAUUUGCAGUUUUUUUCUUCUUCUUCUACUUCUUGUUCUUCUUCUAUAUAUUUUUUGGGUUGAAAAAAAAAUUACAUAUCAGCGAAGAAAGCUGCUGGACCAAUAUACAAGCGUCUAAUAUAUCAUUACCAAAUCAAUAGUGAGUACUAGUAUUUAAAUGGCAGAGAUAUGGCUAUCAUGUUUGUGACCGCUGCCCCCCUCCCUCCCCCACCAGUGUAUAUGCCACAUAUCCUGAAGCCCUGUAGCAGCUAUCGUAUGAUCCAAUGUACUGUAUGUAAGCAUAAGAUAGAGAAGCAGUCAAUCCUCCUCUCACCUCUCCCUCCUUGUACAAGUCCAUCAGCUCCAUCACCCUCGUCCAUCUUUUACUGUGACGUUUUAAUGUGUGCAUUACAGAGAAGCACAGUUAGCAACAGGCAAAUAAACCUGGACGACUCAACAGCAGUGUAACGGCCAAUGGGAGAAAGGGGGUGGAAUUAUUAAUUGAGCUAUGGGGAGCAAAAUCGAGAGUGGGGGUGUCUACAGAAAGGAUUUGUGAGCGAAUAGGAAAUUUUAUCUGAUUUUUAGAAUCAAACAAACGUGCACAUAUGAACAUGCUGGUCCCAUGACUGUGGCAGAGUGAAAGUCCACUCAGACAGGGUCCCUCUGCUGUGCAAUAACGUGAGUAUCCACACCUCGUCAUCCAGGUUUAUUUCUAUAAUGUGUUUACAUUUUUCUGGUGCCUAGUACAGAGGGGAAAAAAAAUGUUAUUUCCGUGCAUUAAACAGUGAGUAGC